GAAGAUCCUAUGGAACCACAGAACACCACACAGGUAUCAAUAUUUGUCCUCUUAGGGUUUUCACAGACCCAGGAGCUCCAGAAAUUCCUGUUCCUUCUGUUCCUAUUUAUCUAUGUCACCACCAUUGUGGGAAACCUCCUUAUCAUGGUCACAGUGACUUUUGACUGCCAGCUCCACACACCCAUGUAUUUUCUGCUCCGAAAUCUAGCUCUCAUAGACCUCUGCUAUUCCACAGUCACCUCUCCAAAGAUGCUGGUGGACUUCCUCCAUGAGACCAAGACAAUCUCCUACCAGGGCUGCAUGGCCCAGAUCUUCUUCUUCCACCUUUUGGGAGGUGGGACUGUCUUUUUUCUCUCAGUCAUGGCCUAUGACCGCUACAUAGCCAUCUCCCAGCCCCUCCACUAUGUCACCAUCAUGAACACUCAACUGUGCGUGGGGCUGGUGGUAGCCACCUGGGUGGGGGGCUUUGUCCACGCCAUUGUCCAACUGGCUCUGAUACUUCCACUGCCCUUCUGUGGCCCCAACAUCCUAGAUAACUUCUACUGUGAUGUUCCCCAAGUACUGAGACUUGCCUGCACUGAUACCUCCCUCGUGGAGUUCCUCAUGAUCUCCAACAGUGGGCUGCUAGUUAUCAUCUGGUUCCUCCUCCUUCUGAUCUCUUAUACUGUCAUCCUGGUGAUGCUGAGGUCCCACUCAGGAAAAGCAGAGAGGAAGGUAGCUUCCACCUGCACCACCCACAUCAUCGUAGUGUCCAAGAUCUUCAUUCCCUGUAUCUAUAUCUACGCCCGGCCCUUCACCCCAUUCCCCAUGGACAAGGCUGUGUCCAUCAGCUACACGGUCAUGACCCCCAUGUUCAAUCCCGUGAUCUACACUCUGAGAAACCAGGACAUGAAAGCAGCCAUGAGGAGAUUAGGAAAGUGCCUAGUGAUUUGCAGGGAGUAAACUUUAAGUAAGUUGACUUCAAAUGACAAAUUUCUCUGGAUUUUUGUUUUCCCAUGUGAAAAAU